UUCAUUGCAGCAGUGACGGCAAGACAAUCAUGAAAGUUUUCUGUGGGAGAGCCAAUCCAACCACGGGAGCCGUGGAAUGGCUGGAAGAAGAUGAAAAUUAUGACUAUCAUCAGGAAAUUGCACGGUCAUGUUAUGCAGACAUGCUGAAUGACAAGGACAGAAACACAAAGUACUUCCAAGGCAUUCGUGCUGCAGUGGGCCGAGUGAAAGCCAGAGGGGAGAGAGCAGUCGUCCUGGACAUUGGCACCGGCACAGGGCUGUUGUCCAUGAUGGCGGUGACAGCGGGGGCUGAUUUCUGCUACGCUGUUGAGGUUUUCAAGCCAAUGGCUGAAGCAGCUGUGAAGAUUGUGGCGAAAAACAGCUUGAGAGACAAAAUUAAGAUAAUCAACAAGCAUUCCACUGAAGUCACAGUUGGGCCUGAUGGAGAUAUGCAGUGCCGUGCAAAUAUCCUGAUAACAGAGCUCUUUGAUACUGAACUGAUCGGUGAAGGGGCUUUGCCCUCUUAUGAGCAUGCUCACAGAUACCUUGUACAGGAGGAGUGUGAGGCAGUGCCCCACAGGGCAACAGUGUAUGCUCAGCUGGUGGAGUCUGAACGAAUGUGGUCCUGGAACAAGCUGUUUCCCAUUUGCAUUCAAACGGAGGACGGCGAAAAGGCCAUUGUUUCCCCACCCGAAAUGGAAGGCUGCCCUGGUGCUCCUUCCGUCUAUGAUAUCCAGCUGAAUCAGGUGCCCAUGAAGGACUUCACUGUUCUCAGUGACGUUGUUACAAUGUUUAGUGUAGAUUUCAGCAAGCAAGUAAGCCGAGCCCCUGCCUCCUUCACAGUGCAGCUGGAGCCUGUCAGGUCCGGCCGAGCCCAAGUGGUCCUCUCCUGGUGGGACAUGGACUUGGACCCCGAAGGGUCCAUCAAGUGUACGAUGGCCCCGUACUGGGUGCAAGUGACUUCCGAGGAUCCCCCGUGGAGAGAUCAUUGGAUGCAGUGCGUCUAUUUCCUUCCAGAUGAGGAGUCUGUUCUCCAGGGUCAGAGCGUGAACCUGACUGCCUUUCGCGAUGAUUACUCAGUGUGGUAUAAGCUUCAAAAAGUCCGAAGCGACGAGGCCAAAACCGAGGUCCACAUUGAGAGUCCUGUUUGUUGGUGCCAGGCCCACCUGCUGUGGAACAGGCCACGGUUUGGAGAGCUAAAUGAUCGGACCCGAACAGCCCAGUAUGUCCGAGCUCUGAAGGAAGUCCUGAAGCCCACCAGCACUUGCCUGAGCAUCAGCGACGGCAGCCUCCUUCCCAUCGUGGCUUGCUACCUUGGAGCAGAACAGGUGUUUAUGCUGGAGAGUUCUGCAGUUUCCCAUUCGCUCAUGACGAAAAUUUUUAAAGCUAACCAUCUACAGGAUCAAAUUAAAAUUAUAGAGAAACAUCCAGAAUCAAUGCUCUCUUCUGAUAUGGGAGACAAAAAGGUGUCUUUGUUAAUUGGAGAGCCCUUUUUCUCCACAAGCCUCCUGCCGUGGCACAAUUUAUAUUUCUGGUAUGCCCGGUCUGCAGUCGCGAGCCACCUCACGAGCAACGCCACCAUCUUCCCCCAGUCUGCUUCACUACAUAUGAUGGUCGUGGAGUUCAAGGACUUGUGGAGAAUACGCAGCCCAUGCGGUACCUGCGAGGGGUUUGAUGUUCGAAUUAUGGACGAGAUGAUCAAGAAUUCUUUAGACUUCAGGGAAUCAAGAGAAGCAGAGCCUCAUCCGCUGUGGGAAUACCCUUGCAAAUCAUUAUCUGAUCCUCUGGAGGUCUUGGCGUUUGACUUCAGAGAAACGGUGCCAGAGUGCUCCAUCGGGAAGGAAGGCACUGUCAAUCUGUUGAGGACUGGAAAGAGUCACGGAGCUGUUCUUUGGAUGGAAUAUAAUCUGACUUCCAGCCUUUCGGUUAGCACAGGGCUCGUGAAGGUUUCAGAUGAAAAGGGCUACUGUCAGUGGACUCCCCACUGCAAACAAGCCGUGUAUUUCUUCAGCACCGUUUCUGCGCCAGAGACUCUCCCCGGCUGCCCCUCUGCGGUUGCUUACACCAUCAGCUUCAAUCCCAAGACUGGAGAUGUUAUCAUGGAUUUUAAACUCUUAAGUUAACACUUCAUCCUUCCGUGAACCUCCUCCCCUUCCUCACUAGAUCCUAAUAAAUAUAUUCAGGGGUGGCUAUGGGGAAAUGCUGUUCUGUGAGCUGCUGCCAUCCCUUAAAAGGCAAGAACGAAGCCUAAAGCGGCCCCUGAGCAAUCACGGUGCUGUAUGCGUAGAUCCUGCUUGGUAAUGAGAAAAUGGAAUCUCUUGUUCUGAAAACAUCAGUAAAGUACCUUAUUAAUGUGGCAUAAACACGAGACUUCCCAAACAGAGGGCUUAUAUUGGUUGGGCCCCAUGGAUCUGUUCUCCUCUGGCAGAAUAAGCUUUUCCCUGUUGCAAAAGUCUCAAAAGAAAAAGAAAAUAGAGGCUCAGUAGCUAGUUGGGGGGUGGUUCCUUCUGCUGGCAGCGAGCAGAAUGGACCUGCAGGAUCCAGCCCACUGUCUGGUGUUUUUUAUCUGCCACUUGCUAGGCUACCAAAGCUGGGUUUGUGUUAGCUGCUGGCUUGAAUGUUUGCAGCUAUCGCUUGACUUACCGUCACAGAAGUGCACAAGACUCUGUUAUUUCGUUUUUGCUGCAACAGAGAUGAGUUUGGAGUGCAGGCUACUGGAUCAGUGUUUUCCAUGUUUGUUUUAUUUACCUAUGUGCAUUCUUAUAUUGCUUUGUAGUGUGAGCCAGCUUGGUGUUAAGAGCGGCAGGACUCUAAUCCAGAGGACCAGGCUCGAUUCUCCUUCACAUGAAGCCAGAUGGGUGACCUUGGAUCAGUCACAGUUCUCUCAGACCUCUCUCAACCCACCAAGAAGUCUAGCUUGCCACCUAGUGGUCCAUAACUCUAAAGAGUUCGAACUUUGCUGCCAGCCAAACCUCCAGUCUCCUGGCUAUACAACACAUACUGUCAUACGA